AGUACAUAUAUGUAUCCCUUUGGUCUUGAACUCUUGGGGUGAAAUCCAGAACCCCAAAUGGAUUUUGGGUUCUCUCCCUUUUAAACACUAUAAAUUUUGCAACAAAAUGUUGUUAAACUCACUUCCACUGAUCUUCAAAGCAGGAGUUCCAUACACUCCUUGUUUUUAUCAAAAGACCAAUCUCAAUAAUUUACCUCAAAAAUCAUCAUCCAUUACCCAUGUUCUUCAGUUUUCAUUUGUGCGUCGAGGUUCGAUCCCGGGCAGCUUCUCCACAAGGCACAAAGGCUCAUCAUCAUUAGUGACAUUUGGUGCCAAAAAUGCAGGAUCAGGAGAAGAAGAUAACAAGGCUCUUGAGGCUGUGCUAAAGCUGUAUACGGCAUUAAGAAAUAGAAACAUUACCGAGCUUGCUGAAGUAAUCGGAGAAGAAUGCCGGUGUGUCUGCAACUUCAUCUCCAUCUUCCAACCCUUCCAUGGGAAGAAGGAAGUGUUGGGCUUCUUUUCUACCCUGAUGGAGUACCUGGGCAACAACGUUCAAUUUGUGGUGCAACCCUCUUUGCAUGAUGGAAUGAAUGUUGGUGUAAGUUGGAAAUUAGAAUGGAAACAAACUCAUGUGCCUCUGGGAAAGGGUUACAGCUUCCACAUGUGCCAUACCUACCAAGGCAAGGUAACAAUAAGGAAUGUUGAGAUGUUCAUGGAACCACUUCUUCAUAUAGAACCUCUUAGACUGAAACUGAUGGGUUUUGUGAUGACUAUAGUGGACAAGAUUGGAGCUUCUAAGGGCAAGUUGAAGAGGGCAAUAUACUUCUUGCUAGCUCUUGCCCUUAUGACAGCCUUACUCUUCAUUGUAUAGCUCUCUUCAUAUCAAGGCACGGCACAGCAUCUUUUUUCUUUUGCAAGCGCUUGGAGAAUACAAGUUUCCGAAUUACAGCAAA